AUGUCCAACACCACAUCCAACUCGCCGCCCGGCGAGAAGAUCUCCCAGGCCCCGUCGACGCAAUCAGACCCAGAACAACUCCACGGCAAGAUCUUGGACGAAGACGAGAGCCAUGAAGUCUUUCAGCGCGGCGGCGCCGUCAACUUUCGCGGCGUCGGCUGGGUUCGCUGCACCCUCAUCUUCCUCAAGGUGCUCUUCGCGACCGGCGUGUUGUCUAUCCCCUCCGCCAUGGUCUCGCUAGGAGCCGUCGGCGGCGCGUUCAGUGUGAUCGGGUGGGGCGGUUUGAAUACCUACACCGCCAUCAUCCAAGGCGACUUUCGCAAUCGUCACCGCGGCUGCCACAGUAUUGCUGACAUGGCGCACGAAGCGGGCGGCCCAGUGCUGCGAGAGAUUGUCGGCGGCCUCUUCAUCAUCGCAUACGUACUGUGCAGCGGUUCUGGAAUCCUCGGCGUCUCCAUUGCCUUCAAUACCUUCUCCUCCCACGGCACAUGCACUGUCUGGUUCGCGCUGGUCUCCGCCAUCCUCACCGCAGGCGCCGCCUCGGUGCGCAAGUUCGAGAAACUCUCCUUCCUCACAUUCGCCGGCUUCAUCUCCAUUUUCGUCGCGGUCCUCAUGAUCGUCAUCGCCGUCACCCUGCGGGACCGCCCGGCCGCCGCACCCCAAACAGGCGCAUUUGAGCUCGGCUACUACGCCAUCCCACCCACCGUGACCUUCGCAGCCGGCAUGACAGCCACCUGCACCAUCUUCAUCUCCUCCGCCGGGACCUCCGCCUUCCUCCCCGUCAUAUCAGAGAUGCGCGAGCCAAAGGACUACCGCAAAGCCGUCUUCGUCGCCAUGGGCUUCGUCACGAGCUCCUACCUCUGCUUCGCCCUCGUCGUCUACGCCUGGUGCGGCGAAUGGGUCGCCUCUCCCUCCCUCGGCUCUGCAGGCCACACGAUGCAAAUCGCCGCGUACGCUGUGGGCUUCAUCGGCCUCAUUGUCAGCGCUUGCUUGUACCUGCACGUGGCCUCCAAGUACGUCUUCGUCCGCAUCUUGCGGCACAGCAAGCACUUGCAAGCCAACACGUUCGUGCACUGGGGCACUUGGCUGGGUUGUAUAGUCGGGUUGUGCGCGGUUGCAUUCAUCCUCGCCGAGUCGAUUCCAAUUUUCAACUACCUGGUCGCUAUCACGGGGAGUGUCUGUUUUGCGCCGCUGGCGAUUAUGCUGCCUGGGUACUUAUGGGUGUACGAUCACCCACACUGGCGGUCAGGAGGGGCUGAGAAGAUGAUUGUGUACUAUCUGCACGUGGGCAUGAUUGCGCUUGGAGCGUUCAUCUGUAUUGGCGGAACUUAUGGUGUUGCGAUAGAGAUCAAGGGUGCCUAUGAUAGCGGGUUGAUUGGUGGUGCCUUUAGCUGCGCUGACAACUCUGCUUCAGGACAUUAG